GGGGGCCUGCUGCGCCGCGCUGCCUGCCUGCGCCGCUGCCUCGGGCCUCCGGCCUCACACUCGCUCAGCGAGGAGCUGGAGCUGGAAUUCCGCAAGCGGAGCCCCUACAACUACCUGCAGGUCGCCUACUUCAAGAUAAACAAGCUGGAGAAAGCUGUAGCCGCAGCACACACCUUCUUUGUGGGCAACCCUGAGCACAUGGAGAUGCGGCAGAACCUGGACUACUACCAAACCAUGUCCGGAGUGAAGGAGACCGACUUCAAGGAUCUUGAGGCCAAACCCCAUAUGCAUGAGUUCCGGCUAGGAGUGCGACUCUACUCAGAGGAGCAGCCCCAGGAAGCUGUGCCCCACCUGGAGCUGGCACUACAAGAAUACUUUGUGGCUGACGAAGAGUGUCGUGCCCUCUGCGAGGGACCCUAUGACUAUGACGGCUACAACUACCUGGACUACAAUGCUGACCUCUUCCAGGCCAUCACAGAUCAUUAUGUCCAGGUCCUCAGUUGUAAGCAGAACUGUGUCACCGAGCUGGCUUCUCACCCAAGUAGAGAAAAGCCCUUUGAAGACUUCCUCCCAUCACAUUAUAAUUAUCUGCAGUUUGCCUACUACAACAUUGAAAAUUAUACACAAGCUGUUGAAUGUGCCAAGACGUACCUCCUCUUCUUCCCAAAUGACGAGGUGAUGAGCCAGAAUCUGGCCUACUAUGCAGCUAUACUUGGAGAAGAGCAAGCCAGCUCCAUUGGCCCCCGUGAGAGUGCCCAGAAGUACCACCGGCGUAGCCUGCUGGAGAAGGAACUGCUUUUCUUCGCUUAUGAUGUUUUUGGACUUCCCUUCGUGGAUCCGGACACAUGGACUCCAGAGGAGGUGAUCCCCAAGAGACUGCAAGAGAAACAGAAGUCCGAACGGGAAACCGCCGUGCGCAUCUCCCAGGAGAUUGGCAACCUCAUGAAGGAGAUCGAGACCCUGGUGGAAGAGAAGACCAAGGAGUCCCUGGAUGUGAGCAGGCUGACCCGGGAAGGAGGGCCCCUGCUGUAUGAAGGCAUCAGUCUUACCAUGAACUCCAGAGUCCUGAACGGCUCCCAGCGAGUGGUGCUGGAUGGCGUGAUCUCCAACCCGGAGUGCCGGGAGCUGCAGAGACUGACCAAUGCAGCAGCAACUUCAGGAGAUGGCUACCGAGGCCAGACCUCCCCACAUACCCCCAACGAGAAGUUCUAUGGUGUCACUGUCUUCAAAGCCCUCAAGCUGGGGCAGGAAGGGAAAGUUCCUCUGCAGAGUGCCCAUCUGUACUACAAUGUGACUGAGAAGGUACGGCGCGUCAUGGAGUCCUACUUCCGCCUGGACACCCCCCUCUACUUCUCCUACUCCCACCUGGUGUGCCGCACUGCGAUCGAAGAGACGCAGGCGGAGAGGAAGGACAGCAGCCAUCCAGUCCACGUGGACAACUGCAUCCUGAAUGCUGAGACCCUGGUGUGCGUCAAGGAACCCCCAGCCUACACCUUCCGGGACUACAGUGCCAUCCUUUACCUAAACGGGGACUUCGAUGGAGGAAACUUUUAUUUCACCGAACUGGACGCCAAGACUGUGACAGCAGAAGUGCAGCCCCAGUGUGGACGGGCUGUGGGGUUCUCGUCAGGCACUGAAAACCCACAUGGAGUGAAGGCUGUCACCAGGGGGCAGCGCUGUGCCAUUGCCCUGUGGUUCACCCUGGACCCUCGACACAGUGAGCGAGACAGAGUGCAGGCGGACGAUCUGGUGAAGAUGCUGUUCAGCCCAGAGGAGGUGGACCUCCCCCAGGAGCAGCCCCUGCACACCCAGGGGGAUGUGCCCCAACCUGGACAGGAGUCUGCCUCGGGCAGUGAGUCAGGGCACAAGGAUGAACUAUGACAAUGCUAGGUCACACAUGAGUGGACCCGUGGGGAGGAACUUUGUCCUGCAUGCUGGGCUGCCCAGUCCCUGAGGGCCAUGGACCAGAGGUGGGCCUUGGUCUGCUGCCCAGGCGAGGGGAUCCUGCUCGUCGCCUUCUGCAUGGUGCUACUGUUCUUGGAGCAGACGUGGAAGGACACCACUGUGUGGGCCUGGCUGAAGGCUCAGAAAUAGGCCCAGAGCCACGGAAGGACCUGCACAGGCAGCGUGUGACAGCAAUAAAGUAUUUAAGUGUCUCUGUAGACAACCAAA